CCACAAUCAGCUCUCAUUCGCACUCUACAGUCGAUAUAUUCUGUGUCAACUGGAGCACUGGAACCCGAGGAGGGAUUUUAACACGGCACUUUAACAGCAGUAUGCACAUCAGAUAUAUACCAGAACUCUAACUUUCACUGUACACACCACAUCAUGGGUUCUGAGCAAAGCAAAGAUAAGAUGUAUUGCACCAGAUAUUUAAAUGGAAAUGGGCCGCCAUCGCUGGCUGACCAAGUUGAAAAUGGAAUUAGCGGACACAAAAUAAACUCUAAAAUAGUCAAUGGAAACCAACCAGAUGAUGGGCAGAUGUCAAUAACGCACCUGAGGAGGAAUGUGGAAGGAUAUCCAGACUGUGACACCAUACAGAUCAACUUUGAAUUUGACGAUGGAAUACAGACGGACAAGCAUCCUAAUCCAGGGCAGAAAUACUAUGGGCUUAAAACAGUGGCCUUUGUGCCUCUGAACCAUGAGGGAACUAAGGUGUACCACCUGCUAGAGAUAGCAUUCAAACACAAGCUGCUGUUUACAGUGGCAACUACUAGUACUGGAGAAGAACGCAUUACCUUUGCUGACAUUCCUUUAAAAACCAAAGAGAGUGGAGGACAUGACAGCUUUAGCUAUCCAGACCCGAACUAUCUGAAAACAGUGAAGAAGAUCCUGAAAUCUAAAGGGAUCAAAUGAGAAGUUGAAAGAUGAUCAAUAUUCCAGCAUAAUAUAUGGAAUAAACAGAUUGUGCCGGAUUUAUUCACAUGAUGAUCAAGACUUCCAAUUUUACAGUGAAAAGUGACUUUGUUCAUUUGUGUAUAUGUGCAGGCAUACACAGCCAGUCAGUAGACAUCUAGAGUUUCUCAUGAUUUAUUUCAGUGUAAUCACUAUUAUUGCCACAGACCAACGAAAUGAUACAUAAUAAAUUAAAUAUGGAAUUUUUAAUUCAUGUUGAACGUAUUAACUGGUCGCUUUGAGAUCUGAAUAGAACUUUAAACGAGUGCUUUGUUAAAGGCAGGUGUACAUGGAGGGUAAACUCCUUAAGUCUAUAGAUAAGACUCAUAUACAUUGAUAGUGAUAACUGUUAAAAAAAUAAAUCUUUGGUGUAAUACAAGUGACUAAUUAGAGUCAUAACGAUUUUGGACUUUCAAAUUAGAUUCGAACUAUAUUGUUUUAAUAAAAUAAAGUAAUUUCACAAUUCAUUAAACUCUGGUUAAAGCAUCAAAUUUCAGAGUAUUAAAAAGAAGGUCCUUUAAACAAAAAUAUCAAAAUAUAGAGUGAUAUUUUGACUGGAAAGAAUUAAAAGGACAGGGAAAUCUGUUAUGUUUACUGUAGAUGGUGUUUGCUAUGGCAUGUUGUAUAGAAUGUUGUUGAUAAACUGUCUAUUUGACAGGAAGGAAUAAGAUAGAUUGAUUAUACUGUACAGCAUACCUAGCAAGUUAU